AUGUUGGCAGACAAAGUGGGCAAACAGUUUGGUCACCCUAUACUUUUAACUGGAUGGCUGGUGACCAAGUUCCUGAAAUGGCACAAUGAGAUUUUGGAGCAGAAUGCUGUGAAACUGAGCAAACUUCAAUUUGACGACACGGUACUGGAGCUGGGUCAUGGGCUGGGUCUGGGUCUCCAGCCAGGUGGAAUUAUGGUUACAACUCUCAGACUAGACAGUGUUAUCAAAGCAGCUUCAAUGAAAAUAAUCAGCAGGGAGAACUGGCAUCCUGAGGUCUUCAUGGAAGCCUUAAAGUCCUCUGGAUUCACAGAUGUCCAAAUGAAGAUCAAAAGAGACAAACUCGUUACAUUUCGAGCUAUUUUUGCCACUGCUGUGAAGUAA